AUGCCAGUGGGAAGUCUAGUCCGUUCUUGGGAAGGGGGAGCAGGACGAUCGUCGGGUUUCGAGGACAUUGGCCUUGUUGGUAACGCAGUGCGAACUGAGCUUGCCUCGCGCUGCUGGCUAUACAGCGCCGCUGGUUGGGUUUCUUGGCUCAUGCCCGUAAACAGGGCUGGGCUUAUUGACGGUUUCAAGGCGACGACAGUUUGGGCGAAUAAAAUCAGUCACAAACCGAAGACCGCAAGAUGCAUCGGCGGUGAUAUGGAUACUGAACUGAGGUGGAUGUCGGCUUGGUCGUCGUACAGAUCGAAGAUGAGUAAGAUAAGAUUCGAAUUUGGUCGAGGAAGGAAAGGCCUUUACACGAGUCGUAAUCGGCUGCAGCGGAUUUGCAAUGGUUUGGACCCGGCAGAGGAAAGAGGCGAAUCCGGAGAGAAGCCGGAGCCGGGUUCCACGACUCUCACAGUAUGA